UUUGCUGUUAGAUUACGAUUAGAUUGUGUUAGAUUGUAACACGCAGAUCGAAUGAGAAUCGCCAUGCGAUACAUCGGUUUAUGUUAUAGGUUUAGAAUCUUCAUUACGCAACGGGUUUCGAUCGCAUCGAAUCCUUACGCGGUAAAUUAGAUAUAACUAAUUGGAUUAUGCGUCCCCGGAACACAAGUCCCGCGCUGGUGCACUCUCAUUUAAGCACCGGGCAAGCUUAAGUUCAGAUCGAAGUUUACCUUAAUAGCGUUCCGCUUAAAGUUGCCGAACCAUGACGAAGAAGUUCGAAUUUAAUUGGCGCAUCGAAGUGCCGGAGCUCUUGAGAAAGGGUGCGGUAUUCGAUCGAUGGUUCGAAGACAAAGAGACGACCGACUACGAGCCAAACUGUUUAUUUAAGGUUGACGAGUACGGGUUCUUCAUCUAUUGGAAAAGCGAGGGCAAGGACGGGGAAGUUAUAGAAUUGGCUCAAGUGAGUGACAUCCGUUACGGAGGCACGCCAAAGGAUCCAAAAUUGUGCAACAAGCUAAGCAAACAUGGGACGUUGGAGCAAUUGGAUGAAAAAAGUUUAACUAUAUGUUCUGGAGUGGAUUAUACGAAUAUCCAUUAUCAGCAUAUUGUAUGCACGGAUGCACAGACAGCUAAGGAUUGGCAGGCUGGUUUACGUUUAAUUACGCACAACAUGAAAGCAUGUAAUGUUUGUCCAAAAAUACAGCUUAUGAAGCACUGGAUGCGACUAAGUUUUCAAGUUGAUCCGAAGGGAAAAGUCCCUGUCAAAGUGAUAUCAAAGACUUUUGCAUCUGGAAAAACUGAAAAGCUCGUUUAUCAAGGAUUAGCGGAACUGGGUUUGCCCAGUGGAAAGAACGACAAAAUAGAGCCAGAGAAUUUCAUAUUCGAUAAGUUUUACAGUUUGUACUUUAAGAUCUGUCCUAGAAAUGACAUCGAGGAACUCUUUCAAUCAAUUACAAAAGCUAAAGCCGAGACCAUAAAUUUGACACAAUUGGUGGAAUUUAUGAAUACGAAGCAGAGGGAUCCGCGACUCAACGAGAUUUUGUAUCCCCUGUACACCGAGAAAAGAUGCACGGAGAUCAUCAACGAUUACGAAAUGGACGAGAAAGCGAAAGCGGAAAAGAAAUUGACGAAAGAUGGUUUUAUACGAUACUUAAUGUCGGAUGAGAACGCACCGGUGUUUCUCGACAAGCUAGAAGAGUGGAUGGACAUGGAUCAACCGCUCUCGCAUUAUUACAUCAAUUCGAGUCACAACACUUACCUCAGCGGCCGUCAGAUCGGUGGUAAGAGCACUGUUGAGAUGUAUCGACAAGUUCUACUUGCUGGUUGCAGGUGCGUCGAAUUGGAUUGUUGGGAUGGUAAAGGCGAGGACGAAGAGCCCAUUAUAACUCACGGCAAAGCCAUGUGCACUGAUAUCCUCUUUAAGGACGUGAUCUACGCUAUAAGAGACACUGCAUUCGUCACUACAGAUUAUCCUAUAAUUCUCAGCUUCGAGAAUCAUUGUUGUAUGAACCAGCAAUACAAACUGGCGAAAUAUUGUGAUGAAAUCUUUGGUGACUUGUUACUAAAGGAGUCUUUGAAAGAUUACCCCCUUGAACCUGGAAGCCCUCUGCCUCCGCCGAGCGCGUUGAAACGCAAGAUAUUGAUAAAGAACAAACGAUUAAAGCCGGAAGUGGAAAAGGCUGAGCUCGAGCUCUUUCGUUCCGGCCAGUUCGAAGUCAAGGAUGAUGUGACAGAGGAUGCCAGUGCACCUGCAGCUGCUCCACCCCCUGAGCCUGAGCCGCCAAAGGAAGGAGAAGCUCCUGCCGGAGGCGAGGGAACCGAAGAAGUGCAAGCAGUUCAAUAUACGGGCAGCACUAUGCGGGUUCACCCUCUCCUCUCAUCGAUGAUAAAUUACGCGCAACCGAUAAAGUUUCAGAGCUUCGAAACUGCGGAAAGCAAGAAUAUACAUCAUAAUAUGUCUUCGUUCUCCGAGACUGCCGCUCUUAACUAUCUGAAAACUCACUCCGUGGAGUUCGUUAAUUACAACAAGCGGCAAAUGAGUCGAAUAUAUCCAAAGGGCACGAGGGCUGAUUCGUCGAAUUACAUGCCCCAGGUCUUCUGGAACGCUGGCUGCCAGAUGGUGGCUUUGAAUUUCCAAACCCCCGACCUGCCGAUGCAACUUAAUCAGGGGAAAUUCGAGUACAAUGGCACGACGGGCUAUCUGCUGAAACCCGACUUCAUGCGAAGACCUGAUCGAAGCUUCGACCCUUUUUCCGAGGACGUCGACGGUAUCAUCACCGCGCAGUGCGCGGUCCAGGUCAUAGCCGGGCAAUUCUUGUCAGACAAAAAGGUGGGCACGUACGUGGAAGUGGAUAUGUACGGUCUGCCAGCAGACACGAUCAAGAAGGAGUUCAGAACACGAAUGGUGCCGGCGAAUGGUUUGAAUCCGGUCUAUAACGAAGAACCAUUCCUGUUCCGGAAGAUCGUGCUUCCUGACUUGGCGGUGCUCAGAUUUGGUGUAUACGAAGAAAGCGGCAAAUUACUUGGUCAACGAAUCCUGCCUUUGGACGGUCUUCAGGCUGGCUACAGGCACAUCUCCUUGAAGACAGAAGCGAAUUUCCCGAUGGCGUUGCCCAUGCUCUUCUGUAACAUAGAACUGAAGAUUUAUGUCCCCGAUGGAUUUGAAGAUUUUAUGGCCGCCUUGUCGGAUCCGGGUGGUUUCAGCAAGGCUGCCGAGAAGCAGAACGAAACGAUGAAGGGAUUAGGAAUAGAACAGACAGAUACUAAGGCGGAAGCUAAGAAGAAGGAAGAACCAAAGAAAGAGGAGCUGAAACUAGAACCUAUCACGUUGGAUUCCUUGAAGAAGGAGAAAGGUUUUAAAUCGGGCAAGAAACAGCAGAAGGAACUGGAUGCUAUGAGAAAGAAGCACAUGAAGGAGAGGCAAACCAUGCAGAAGAAUCAUUGCAGCGCGAUCGAGAAAUUGACCAAGGGGAAAGACAAAAAUGCCCUGGCGCAGGACGCCAACGUGAAGAAAGUUAUAAGCGAGCAAACGGCUCAAUGGUCCGCUAUGAUGGAGAAACAGAGGAAAGAAGAAUGGGAACUGCUGAAGAAUCAAACACAGAGCUCUCGCGAUGAAUUGAAGAAGCUGAUCGAGGUCGUGCAAGCCACGCAAGUUAAACAACAGCAGGCAAAACAUGAUAAAGAUAUUAAAGAUAUGAAUUCCAAUCAAGCGAAAGUGUCCGUGGAAACGGCAAAAGAAGUGAUGAAUGAUAAAACUUUGAAGACGAAAGGUGAUAAAGACAGACGGCUUCGUGAGAAGAAACAGCAGAACACGAAGAAAUUUGUGGAGGAGAGAAAGAACACGGAGAUCAAGCAGGGUCGUGAGAAAGAGAAACUGAAAGUUACGCAUGAAAAACAAGUACAGAACUUGGACAAAGAUAUCGAUGAGAGUAUCGAUAUGUACAAGAACGAAGCAAUCGAAUACGAUAAAUCAGCCAAAGCGGAAUUUUAUGUAUAAUUCUUUCAAUCUAUUAUUGAUAUACUUACUAUUCGUUAUAAUGUCU